AUGAACAACAACAGGCAACAACAACCAACAAAGAGUAAAUAUAAAGGAUAUCUAAGUAAUGCUAAAACAUUACCAUGUGUAUUCAAUGCUUUAAAAGGGACUCAGAUAACAGUUCAAUUGAGAAAUGAAAGUGAAAUAUAUGGUACCGUUGAUAAUAUAGAUAAAUCUUUAAAUAUUGAAUUAAGAGAUGCAACGAUUACAAAGGGAUAUGAUUAUAGACUAUUGUUUGAAUCGAAUACUUUAAAUGAUACCAUUCAUCAAAUAGAUAUAAAUAAAGAAAAGGAGAAACAAGAUAGAGAUGAUAAAGAGGAGGAGGAAGAAGAAAAUAUCAUUGAGGAAGAGGAGGAACAAGAACAAGAGAUGAAUGAGGAGGAGGAGGAGGAGGAGGAGGAUGAAAAAAUGGAUACAACAACAACAUCGACAACAAACAAUGAAACAAACAAGACAAUAUCAGUUACAUCAACACUAAUAUUAACCAAAGAGGUAAUAGAAUCAAUUAAAUUACAACCAAAAGUAUAUGAUUUACUAUUAGUCAAUAGUAGAAAUAUUAGAUAUAUUCAUAUUCCAGAUAGAAUAGAUUUAAAUCAUUUAUUAUUUGUUUAUAGUAAAACAUUAGUAAAGAAUAGAGAUAAAUAUCAAAGAACUAAAAGAAAACCACCAACUGAAAAAGCAAUGCCAUCAGUUUAUGUUCACGAUGAUGGUUCUACUUUAAUUCAACAACAAACAGAUUAUAAAAAAGUAGAUAAGAAAUUAUAG